AUGAGCCGUAAAAGAAACCCAAACUUUUCGGAAAACGAACUGCAAGUUCUUCUUGAUGAGGUGGAAAAGAAUAUAACUGAUUGUUUUCAAAACUCUCUAACUUGGUUUCAAAUAACAAAAAACGCGCUUGUAUGUGAAAAAGUGAAUGUUUGCAACUCAAGCGAUCACGUCAGAACAGUAGAAGAAAUAAGAAAAAAAUUCUCGUCUUACACAAGUGACACGAAAAAGAAAAUCGCACAAAACCGCAGAGAGUCUACUAGGACCGGAGGAGGGAAAGCACCUUCUACAUGCACGGACCUAACACCACUUCAGGAGAAAUUAUCAGGGAUUUUGGGGGAUGCCUCCAUUGAGGGCAUUGAAGGUGGUAUUGAUACAGCAGAAUGCAGCACCGCUAAAGGGAGUGAAACUGAAUGUGAACAUUCUUUAUCAUUACAACACGAUGUACCCCCUCCAGCAGAAAGUCACCCUAUGAAGAAAGCCCGUCGCUCCUUACAUGAAGCAUUUGAUGAGAGAGUAUUUGAUAUCGAGUCCGAAAAACUUGAAAUUCAAAAGCAGAGACUGGAAGUGGAAAGAGAGAGACUCGAGAUAGAAAGGAAACGGCUAGCAAUGAACAGAGAUUUAUAA